CACGUCAUCAAUUUGCGCCGUUGCCCCUCGCAACAGUCUUCUGAGAAAACGCUGCCUAGCAAGCUGGUCUCAGGACGGUAAACAUCGACUGAAUUAUAGCAAGCUACGAAAAAAGAAAAGACAGCAACAGGAAAUAAUGCGUAAAAUAAGUGCCGACACACUGUGGGAUCUGGCUGCAGAUGAGGUCCGGGCCAGAGAGAGAAGAACUGGACAUGAUCAGGAGGACGAUGAUGAUGAUGGUGGUGGUGAGGAAGAUGGCCAUGCUCCGUGCGAGAGGACUGUUUUCUUUAUGGGCAGUAAAACUGGGGGUAAAACAACAAUACUGUUCAGGUGUAUUGACAGAGAUGAAGCCACCAAACCAACCCUGGCUUUGGAGUACACAUUCGGUAGGCGAGCAAGAGCACACAGCACACUCAAAGAUGUAGCUCACCUGUGGGAACUGGGAGGAGGCACAUCUUUAUCAGAUCUUGUGCAGAUACCCAUCACUCCUCAGAAUCUCAGCGUGCUGUCUGUGGUGUUGGUACUGGACCUGUCUAAGCCCAAUGCACUCUGGGCCACCAUGGAGAGACUCCUUCAGGCAGCUCUAAACCAAGUGGAAAAGGCAUUUGCCAUAACCAAGAGGCCAGGAGAGUCCAGACCCAGCAAACAGCUAAGCCAAAGGAGAGCAUUGCGGAUCCUCCCCAAAGACCACCCAGACAAAGAGCUCAUUAGCCCCUUCCCUGUGCCUCUUCUUAUGAUCGGUAGCAAGUUUGACAUCUUUCAGGACUUUGAGUCAGAGAAGAGGAAGGUGAUUUGUAAGACCCUGCGUUUUCUGGCUCAUUACUAUGGUGCAUCCCUGAUAUUCACUAGCAGUAAAUCAGAGACAACGAUGUCUAAAGUCAAGAACUUCUUCAAUCAUCUAGCUUUUGGGACUGAGAGAGGAAAGUACUUUUCAACAGACCACAGCAAACCUCUCAUAAUUCCAGCAGGCAUGGACUCUCUCAGUCAGAUAGGAUCUGUUGAUGUUGAUCUUGGAACACUGCAUGCUAAAACUCCACUGGACCUAUGGAAAAAAGUUUUUGAAAGAUUUUUUCCUCCAGAGAGCACUAAUGAACGUAAAGAAGUGAAAGAUCCAGCCAAAGACCCCCAGUACAGUGAGCUCAUUAUAGAUGCAAUGAGAGCACAGAAAGACCAGGAGCUGGAACAUUAUAAGCGAGAACAGGCGAAGUCAUGGAAAGGCUUGACCCUGGAGUCCUAGAGCUACAGAAACUCUCCCCAAAAACUCAACAUUAAUGUAUGCUAUUUCUACAUUUCUCUCUUUUUGUUCAGAAAAAUAAUUUUUGGCACUGUUCCUUAUACACACGUAAUGCGUAGUUGAAGCACAGGCCAGACACGGUGCUUUAACGGCUUGUAAUACCGUGUUUUUAUAUUAUUUCCUGAAAAGAUGCAGUAAUGUAAGAAUUGCACAUGUAAAUAUGCAGUUAGUAAUUGUAUAAAAUGUUAUUCCAAUGUCUUACUAUUUAGUAAAUUACAGACUUCAUGAAAUCUCCAGUAUUAUUGGCACCCUUCAUGAAAAUGAGCAGAAAUUAAUAUAUAAAAUCAGUGACACACACCAGGGAAUAUUUUUAGUUUGAUCAUAUGGGGAAGCUGUAUACGUUUUAUUUUAGCACAAUAUAUUUUCAAACAUAAAACCUUUUAUUGAGUAGUGCAUUUUGUUGCAGAACAGUUUUCAAAAUUAUUGGCACCCCCACAAUUUAUUUUGGUAAAGCCUGUCCUGGAGAAAAUAAGUGUGUUAUUAAGGUUGCAGAUACCUGCAGAGCUCAUGUGUCAAACACAAGGCCUGCGGGCCAAAUCUGGCCCUCAGCUUCGUUUCAUUUGGCCCACGUGAACUUGGAAAAAUGAUUGGCCCGUAGUACACUACUGCUCAACAUUUUCACGCACUUCCACAAUUCACAGCAGAUCUGUAGCAUAGCGAUUGCUAUUGUAAAACAUACGAACACAGCUCACAGUGCUUAACUGAAAUGUAUGAGCAGUGGCCUUUUUUCACUUUUUAAAAUAUCCAAAGGGUAGUUACUGUAAACCACCUUAUAUACUUGCACUCCAAUUACUACUGUUCCUGGCUUGACCAUGAUCUGAAUGUGUGCUGUGCUUGAUGUAAGUCACACUCGCAUCAAAAAGCGAUUCAGAAGCACGUCGUGUGUUUUGCUGGAAAUAGUGUGACCAGAAAUUAAUUUUGGAGGGAUGUGUAUAUAUGCAAAAUAAAACAAUUGUUUUUCUGAUCUGUACAAUUAAACUGGUAAGUGCAAUGUGCUCGUGGAUGUCAGACAGCAGCAGGAGCAGUGAUGAAAUGAAUUUGUUAUUCAAUUCUUUACAGCACAAUCUACCAUCAAAGAGUCUUUCAAUAUUAAUAAUGUUGCCAUGAAAUACAUUUAUGACACUGAAAAUGAUUGAAAAAAACAUGUUAAUAAAUCCACUUUUCUUUUGCAGUAAACUCCAGCAGCUACUUCACUAGCUCUCAGCUGCAUAUCCCUGUGUUUAUAGUGUAGCUAUCUGUAUAAUAGCUUUCAAACAGAAACAGGAAAAAUGCAUCAUUCCAACUGACUAAUCCAGUUUCUCAUCACAGCAGCUUGUAUCCUAUAAAGUUUGAUUAAAUAAAAGAAUGCAUUCAUUAAAAAACUUUUAUUAUAAUCAUAGUAUAUAGUAUAAUAAAUAAUAGUAUAAUAAAUGUUUUAAAUAAAUAAAUUACCUAAUAGUGCAUAGAUUUUAAUAGUUUUUUUUAGUGCUUCUUUUUCCUAGACUUCCUUUUCUAAUCUCAGAGAAAGGUUAUUAGUGUUAGUCAAUAGUAUAUAUACUGUAUAUAUAAUCCAAUUAUGGCCCAUCAGGGUCUUACGAAGAUGCUGAUGUGGCCCGGGCAGAAUAUUGAAAUCGUGGAUACUCCAUGCAGAAUAUUUUUGAUUCCUUUGUAUUUUUAGGUUUGGCAACUCCUAAAAGCAGGUAUUGGUAUAGAAUAUCCUGAUACUUCACAGAAUUCAUGAUGCUAUCAGUAUUCACAAGCACCACUCUAUCAUUAGCCACAAAACAGCCGCAAACAUCACUGAUACACCUCCAUAUUUUACAAAAGAGUAUCAGGUGCUUUUCCUUGUAUGCAAUUUCCUAUUUAAGCCACAAUAGUGUGCAUGGAUAAAAAUGUUUGAUUUUGGUAUCCUUUAGACCAUAACACAUGAUUGUAACUUUAGUUCUAAAGACACUUGGUGAAGGUCAGAGUGGGAUGUUUGUCAGGAAGGGUUUCUUUAUUGCAACUCUAACAAACAGUUGGUUGUUAUGGGGGUGACAUCUAACUGUGCAAUUCUGAAACUGUGAUCUUUGGGUUCUUUCUUGACUUCCUCACCAUCCUCCUCACUGUGUAUUCCACACUUUUGAACAUUUUUUAAAUUAUUAUUAUGGCCCUGAUUGUGCUUACUUUUUUAAAAAUCUGAUAAUGUACUUUUUACCUGACUUUUGCAGGUUAAUGAAGGUCUUUCUGUGUUGCGUUGAAAGCACUUUGGUUUUCCACAUGGUGAUGGAUGAUGGGGAAAUUUACAUGUGUGCAACAGAAGUAACAGUUUCUGAGAGCAAUUUUUU